AUGCAUUUCCAUUCUAUUGCCCUCUUGGCCACCCUUGCCUCCUCUGUUUUGGCUGCUCCGGCUCCAGUUCAAGCUCCGGCCCCAGACAAGGUCGAAAAGCGACAGGCCGCAGAACCGACCUAUACAGGAAGUGCAUAUAACAACUUGGAAUUGAUCGCUCAGCUUGUCACCGCUCCACUCCAGCAAGAUCGUAUCGCUCUCCUCAAGGACUCCGACUUCACCUUCGACUUCAGGAAUCCCCCCGGCAGCGUUAGCGUCGCUACCGGUAAUGCUGGUCGCGUUGUUCAGGCUAACAGGAGAACCUUCCCUGCCUUGAUCGGUACCGGCUCCGGUAUGGCUAUGGGUUUCCUCGGCCCAUGUGGUUUCAAUACCCCACAUACCCACCCUCGUGGUACCGAGUUGAACGUCCCAGUUGCCGGGAGAUUGAACACCUCUAUGAUUCUUGAGAACGGCGCCCGUAUUGUCAAUUCCCUUGCCGAUACCUUCCAGCUACACGUCUUCCCACAGGGUUCUAUCCAUCAGGAAUUCAACCCAGACUGUGGUGAGACAAUCUUCGUCGCUGGUUUCAACGCUGAGGACUUCGGUACCUCCCAGGUUGCCGAUAACUUCUUCAGACUUGCAGGCGACGUCAUCCGAGCUUCCGUCGGUGGAAACAUCGUUGUCGAUGGCCGUGAUAUCGAACAGUUCAGAAGCUUGAUCCCACUCAACGUUGCCAUCGGUGUUGAAGAGUGCCUCGCCAGAUGCGGUCUUGCUAAGAGAUAA